AUGUCUCAAAUAGCUAAUUCACCAGUGACCAGUGCAGCACCUGUACAACCUCCGGAAUUGACUUUUCCUACAAAACUAAUACUUGAACUUAGAGGCAGCCGCUUUGAAAUCGAUCGUGAAAUGUUAAUGAGUCUACCAGAAAGCAUUCUUAUUGUCAUGUUUCCUAAUGGUCUUGUAUUGGGUAGGGACACUCUCUACGAUGAAGACGAAGAAGCAGGAGACGAUCGUUCCGAGGAUUCAUUAGGCAUAGAGGACCAAAUUAUUUAUGUGGAUUUUGAUCCCCGUUGUUUAGAAUAUAUCUUGGAAUUUUACAAAACUGCGCAGGAUGCAUUUUACUCCAAUCAAGGAAGCGCAAGUGCUUCAACUUUUCCGCCAAGUCCAACACAAAAUCUACUUUUAAAUAAGCAGGCUAUUAUUGUUUUGAGGGAAGAAUUAGAUUACUUCACUAUACCUUCGAAAUCUAAAAAAAAAGAGGUUUCUUCAUCUGAUGGGAAUGAUAGCGGCGCUGUUGAAUUAGCUACUGUUGAACCACCAAUGAAUAUUUUUGAAUUGAAGACAGAAUGUGGUACACAUCUUCUUCAACAGAGGAAGAUAUUUACCGCUUUACAACGAAACGUUAGUAAAGAAAACAACGUAGCCGAGCAACAUUUGAUAGAUAUGCUGUGUGUUUCUGGUUUUUCAAGGGAUGACGAGUGGGGAUAUCGUAAUAUUGAACCAAAUAAGACAAGCAUUGUUAGCAUUGCACUUGUAUUACUUAAGACAACGGGACAAAGCAAUCAAAUGGCGACAGCACAGAAAUUGCUAUUAUUUUGGAGGAAACCAGCGAGAAAAUGCUGGUGGGACGGUUUGGAAGUUAAAGUUGGUAGAGAAAAGUCUAUACCGGUCCGAUUAUGGUGCAGACGUACAUGGACUUUGGAGUUGGCUUUGGUUUAA